CAAAAGUGUUGCAAUAAAUGUCUAGCUUGCAGAAGAACUGGCGAUAUUAUUUUCAUCAUUCAACACCUCGUCACCUAUCAACAAUUUCGAGGGCCGCACGGUACUGUUGUUGAUAUUGCUUCUCACCACACCAAACACGCAUUCUGCGCCGUUUGGCACGGUUUUCCAGCGGAUUGCGUAGCAGAGCAGGUGCGAGGUGAGCUCGUGACGUCACACAUGAAAAAUCGUACGAUGUGCGGAGCUUCUCGCUGAUUGGUCGACAGCGGAUGAUGUGAUGUUUCCCCAGUGUGUUAAACGUUCGGUCUAACGUAGGAGGUGAACGUACGCAGAUGCUCAUUCGAACGUAAGUGAUCGCUUCGUUCACGGUGACUAUUGGCCUUGAUUUGGUUAGUUUAAUGGUGCCCGUGGCGGAAAGUUAGUCCAUCGAGCAUAGGAGGAAAGCACAGUCAAGCCAAGCAACGAUGGAUCCGGACCAUUUCUUCCACUUUUACCCAGCGCCAGGAUUAAAGGAGGAAGAGCUAGAUAUGAAUGACAUAAGCGACAUCAGCGACAUAAGCGAUAUGUAUCAAAUGAACGAGGAAAAGUUGUUCAAUAUAAUGGGUGAAGACUUUAUUACCAACUAUAGCUGGGAUGAUUCGCUUGGUGGUACUCCGGCGUGCGUGGCAGGACAUUCGAACACAAACGCCAGCACCAGCAGCGCUGCGCGAGACAGUGAAGAAUAUAUCCUCCCAGAUCAGCUGCCCACGGAAGCGAUGCUUUACCGGACGUCGGUGGCACUCGCUAAUGAACCGCCGACGCUAACGUUGGUCACCACCGCACCCGAGCAGGCGAUCGUUGUGAAAGAGCAAAAGGAAAUGAAGAUCAAGCCAAACACGUGCUACGUUCAACAUCCAUUGCAAUCGCCAUCGCAGCAGCAACAGCAGCAACAGCAGCAACAACAGCAAAUGCUGCCGGCCACAACCACGAUUCAAAUUGCGUCGCAUCAAAUAGCGCCAGUGCCGGAGCCGCAGCAUCACCCGCACAUUCAUCUACCAUCGCUGCGGAACGGACAACACGUCACCGCCGGUAAUGUAAUUUUGUCACAAAAUCGCACCAACUUGGCACCCGUUUCGGCGACUAAUGCGCAAACGAUUCUCGUGCAUAAUGCACCGUCCCGCGCCACAGUUGCCCAGCCGUACACGAAGAAGAUAGCUCCCGCCACGGCGCAAACUAUUCUUCCCAAUAUGACGAACGUGCGGGUGCAGAAUCUCGUCGCUAGCGGGCAACCGCUCGGGACAGCGGCCACCACGGCAACCGCUGUGCCGAUGAUGCAGCAAUUGUUCACCCUGCAAACAGCCGACAAGCAGCCGGUUUUUCUGCAAACCAACACACCCGUCAUCUAUACGAACGCAAACGUUCAUUCGUUGGCCCAAACGACCAGCGCCACCGGGGGUGACAACGUGGCGACGGUGAAGGCGAACGCCUCCAACUUGCACACGCUCGUCAACACACUGAGCGGUCCGAUUCUAGCGGCAGGAAUCCCGGUCGUGCUCGACGCACCUCCCUCCGACAGCAACGCGAAGGUGCAGCUGAGUCGCCUGCAGCCGGCGGUGCCAAAGGUGAAGGAGGUGAAACGGUCGGCGCACAAUGCGAUCGAACGGCGCUACCGUACCUCGAUCAACAGCUGCAUCGUGGAGCUGAAGGACAUGGUCGUUGGGGUGGACGCAAAGCUGAACAAGUCGGCUAUUUUGCGCAAGGCCAUCGACCACAUCCGCUAUCUGACGAAACAGAACCACGCACUGAAGCAGGAGAACAUGACGUACAAGAUGAAGCUGACGGAUCCGAAGCAGUCGCUGAAGGAUCUUCUUGUCAGUCAAAGGAGCAGCAGUGCGGUUGACGAAAUGAUGACUGGGCCGAUCACGCCCCCGGUCAGCGACGAGUCGUCCGACCCUUCGUCGUCACCUGCGCAUUCCGUAACCUCCAUGCCUCCGUCGCCGUACGAGCUGAUGGAUGACGAGAUGGUGUCCAGCAUCAGCGGAAUGUCGUCCAACUCGCGGCUCACGCUGUGCAUGUUCAUGCUGGCCGUGUGCAUCGUCAACCCGUUCGCUAAUCUACUGGCGCCGACCGACCCGAAUGAGCCGCUCGAGGAGAUUGGCACGACGCGCCGCAUACUGGCGUUCGAGGAGUCGUUCUCGUGGUCGCGACUCUCCUCCUCGCUACUGCUGCUGCUGGUCAACUGUCUGCUGCUUGGCGGCUGCCUGGUGCGCAUGCUCGUCUACGGCGAUCCGGUACUGCUGCCGCGGUCGAGCGCCUCGAGCGAGUACUGGAAGCACAAGCGCCAAUCGGACUUGGAGUUUAAGCGCGGCAACUCGCACGGCGCGUACAUCGAAGCGAAACGAUGUCUCCACGCGUUCGGCUUGUCGCUGCCCGCCACCCGCCUCGAAUGUCUGUCCAUGACGGGCUGGCAGUUUGUGCGUAUGUUCUUCCAUCGGCUGUACGUGGGCCGCUGGCUUUCGCGCCGCACCGGUGGACUGUUCAAGCCGGAGGGGCAGCGGCUACAUGCCCUUCACUCGGUCCGGGAGCUUGCCUUGCUGUAUCACCGGCUGAACCAGCUGCACCUCGUCACCGAUCAGCCGGACGCGAACGGGCUCAUGAUGAGCCUGUGCGCGGUGAAUAUGGCGGAAGCGGCUGCCUCGGUUCUGCCACCGGACGACACGAUCGAGAUCUAUCUGCUGGCGGCGCUGCGCGUGAAGCGCAGCUAUCCGGGUCUGAUGCAGUACUUCUGUCGCUAUUAUCUGUCGAAAGCACAGCGGCUUGCCGGCGACCGGGGAAGCGCCAAGUUCCGGUGGCUGUUCACUGCGUACGGCUUUCAGUUUCUCACCGGCCAGCAGUUUCGCUACGAGGACCGACCGGACGAGUCGAGCGCCCUGUUCACUCGUCUGUGCAACAAAGCCGAUCCGCUCGAGUACGUGAUGCGGGAAUAUCGAUUGCACCUGCUGCAAAAGGCACUGCAGGGACUCGUAGGAUCCGAUCCGACGGGUACAUCGUGGCAACCCGCGCGUCACGCACCGCACGGUGGUUCCGAGAUGAAAGACGGCUCUGAUGGUAAGGAGAAGGAGCUCCUGCUGAAACCGGGCGGCCUCGGGGGCGAUCUCGUGAGCCCCGUCGACAGCGUGUCUCCUUCCUCUUUGAACGGCAACCACAACAGCGAGAUUCUGCACCUGACACAGUUGCUCAAGGACACGCUCCGGCUCGAGAAGCCCGUCGCCUUCACGGCUUGUCUCGUCCACGGCAACGAGUGCCACGAUCAGGUGGUGCUCUGGUGGUCGAACAUGCUCAGCAUCGCCGCCUACUGGCUGCUCGGCGAGGACGAAUUGGCCGAGCCGCUGUACGGGCAGGUGGAACGGUUUCCCGCCGAACUGCAGCAUUGCGAGGAUCCGCUGGCGCAUGCCUUAUUGAUCGCGUUCCACACCAAGCGUAAUUUGAUCACCAAAGCUGACGAUUUGUCGGCCAUUUUCCUCGAUUGCAAUGAAAGCAGCCGCUACCUGGAGGACAGCUUGACUGGUAACUUAUGCAAGACGCCGAGCCGUUUAAAACUGUUGGCGCAGCUGCUCGUCUGCGAUUGGCUGCUCGAGUGCCGGACAACUCUAUGGGAAAUGGAGACGGACACGCGCUACAAUCAGGACUACCAGGCUGUUUCUGGUGCGGUGCUGUCCGCGUUCCAAAUGGAUCUGAAUCUGCUGCGCGUGGUAAUGAGCAAAUUCCCGAACGCUCAAUCGCGCGUAUUCCUUUACGAGGCCAUCUGCCGGCUUAUGGCUGGGGCAGCUCCAGGGCCAACGCAGCAGCUGCUUGAUCGCAGCCUUCGUCAGCGCAACUGCCGCUCGUCGAUGAUAUGCGGCAAGGACCGCCCAGCCCACAUGGAAGGGGGCCGCGAAAGGGCGGCCGCACUGUACGUGGCCUGCAAGCACCUACCGUCGCCCUGCUUGUCUUCACCCGGUGAGCGGGCCGGGAUGCUGGAGGAAGCAGCCAAAACACUGGAAAAGAUCGGCGACAAGAAGCGCCUCCAGCAGUGCUACCAGCUAAUGAAGUCGCUCGGCAGCGGAUCCGUACCAAACUAACAUAUUUCGCUUCAUCCAUGGCAUCACCAUUGUUCAUAGCCGGACACAGCCAUCCUGGUCGAUCGGUUUUUGGUUUCCACAAACACACACACACAUGAUUCUCCAACAAAUUAGGAGGAGCUUUUCAACAUAUCUUCAGGAAGGCUUAGCUUUUUAAUACAACGGAGGACUUGGGCUGCCUUGGUUCUCGUACCCUCAGACAGGGUACGCUGUGGGCAAACAAAAACCGGGAAACAGUCAUGUCGUGAGCAUUGCGCGCCACAAACUCGACCUAUACCGUUCCGUAUUGGCCUGAUUUGGAAUCUUGUGACUUCUGGCUGUCCGGUAAAUUCGGCUCAAAGUCGAUAAGGGGGUAAUAAGAGCCGAAACGUACAGUGUGCUGAAGGCUAUUUCAAAACCUAAGUUCUCCGAAACGUUUCGAAAAUUGGAACACAUGUUAACACAUGGUGUAUUGUACAGAGUAGCGAUUGCUUUAACGGUGGUGUCAGAUUUAGAAUAAUAAAGAUUAUUUAAGUUAUGUUUUUUUCCCGGUAGUUUUUUGGCCACAGUAGUACCAUUCUUUUCGGAUAGAAAUGUAAUUCAUACGCUGAAGACGCCAACAGCGCCCUGUAGUGCUGUGAAGCAAACUCGGAAGUGAACCUGGCAAUAAUGAGUAUAGAAAGUGUUUCGCUUGAUAACUAGCACAUUAGUAUUGAUCCGAUAACGUGUUGAUUGUAGAUUCUCUAGCUGUAUUCGUUCAAUUAGUUUAGUUACGUAUUGGCAUCACUUGCGGAUGUUUUUGCUGCUUUGCGAGCAGAGAAAUAAAUGGUCGGCUAAACGUGUCACCGACGUUCGGCUCUCUGGGAGUCGCAAGGGCUCACUAGCCCUUGUCGAAGGUUACGCAGAACGUGCAAAUCGGCGUCCGUUGGUGCCGCUGAUGGUCGCCUGCCGUCGCCCAGGAGCAACCGUCAUCGCCGUCAGGCGGGGAACCGGCAGCUUCCGGCUGCUUCCGAUGGUUAACUACCUCGACGCACGGUCGGUGGUUGCUGCCGGUAACUAGCACCGCCAGCAAGUGCGAGAUGUAGCUGUUGGCCAGGCGCAGGGUUUCGAUCUUGGACAGUUUCCGAUUGAUCGGUUCGGUCGGUAUCAGCUGGCGAAGUGUAUGGAAGGCUGAGUUAACGCUGUGUGCCCGAGAGAGAGAGAGAGAGAGAGCGAGAGAGAGAGAGAGAGAGAGAGAGGGAUCGAGAUAAUGGAAGAGAAUUGGCGACUUAAGAUUUGCCGACACUUUCGUCGUAGGUCGGAGAGGAUCGAUCUACACUGGCCACCGGUCACAGAAUCUCGCGACUUACCUAUGCGUUCGGUAGCGUUCGCGAGCGUUAGCCUGCAGCCGUUGGUCCACGCCACCGGGCCCGAGGCCGCCGGUCCCGUCGCUACCGGCGUAAUCCACGGACAUCACCGCCGUCGUACUGGUGCGUCUGCUGUCGUUCCGGCUCAUUGCACAUUUGGAUGGGUGGCUAAGCGGAGAAAGUAAUCCGUACUCACGUGCGGCUCGACACUCACUGUCGCAUUGCGGCACUGCGGAGUCGCGGCGGCGUUCCGGGUGAAAAAGAAAAGGAGCGAAAAAACCGCGGACGUCUUAACCCUGGAGCACCGGACCGCCUGACGUGAGACCGACACCGGCGUGUAAUUGAACACCAGUUGGAAAACUAAUUAAGUCGUUAACGGGGCCGCAAUGAGCCUAGGGCCCGCCGGUAUAGGCGGCAUAUGUGGCCAUAUGCAACGGGUGCGCGUUUCGUUCCGUUCCGCUCCCGUUCCGAGUUUCGGGUACACUAGUGCAAAAUAAAUUGA